AUGUUUUUAAAUUUCUCUCGCCAAACAUUAAAUAAAUGUGCCAAAAAAACAAAUUUAAUUUUAAUAAAUUCCAAAUAUUUUUCUACAAAAUUUAAUAUCGAUAAAGAAUCCAAAAAACAUGGAGGGGAAUUGGUUGCUUCUGUCCUUAAAAUUUAUGAUACAAGACAUGAAGUGAAUGCUGUAUUUGCAGCUGAUGCAGGUGUUACAAACACAAUUACUUCCUUAAAAAAUGCCCAAUUGGCUGAAUCGCCUGUUAUUCUUUUGGCUGGUGCUGCUCCUUCAUUAAUGAAAGGCAAAGGGGCGCUACAGGACAUUGAUCAAAUUCCAAUAAUUCAAUCAAUGUGUAAAUUUACUGCAAGAAUUAUAAAUGUUGACGAUAUAGUUCCAACACUUCGUGAGGCAAUUUCUGUUUCUCAAUCAGGCACUCCUGGCCCUGUAUUUAUUGAGUUCCCAUUGGAUGUUCUUCAAUCCUAUCAGGAAGUGCUUAGAGAUGCCAGCCUUAUAAAAAACCCUGAUACGCCAGAAAAGGUUAAAUUAAUUGAAAUUGAGAAAUUUGGGCUUAUUCAAUAUUGUUGACAUUAGGAACAGGUUGCCAAGAUUGCCCGCCUCGGACCGAAAGAUCGAGUCGGGCCUAAGAUAUUUGGCCCGAAAAAGACUCGUACGGCCCGACUCGAUAAAAAUGAGGUCCGAAAAAAUGACUCGACCGUCGGCCCGACUCGAAAACGGCAACCUUAAUUAGCAAAAUUACUUUUUUGAUGGGUGUUUUUCUCACAAUUUUUAAUUCUGGUGACUCAAACACCUCUCAAACUUCGACUUUUGAAGAGUCCACCCCUGAAGACCUACACCC